AUGAUCCUUAUCAUAACAGCAUCUUCUACUUCAUUUAUUCGACAAACUCGUGUCAGUAUUACUCAACAACAUGCUUACAUUGUAAAUCAUAUAGCACAUAAAAUUGGCUUUGCUAUUUAUGCAAGAAAUGUCCAUUCAUGCAUUUACAUUUGCCAAAAUAAUGAUUUUUGUCGUACAGCUGUUUUUGAUUCUCAAUUAUUGCUCUGUGAUCUCUUUGAAGAAUGUAGUGCCCAAGGACAAAUUGUAUCUGAUCCGAACAAAAUUCUCAUCUCCUUUCUGCUCUGCAAUGGCGAACCAGACAAUGUGAUUUUUAGCUCAUCUUCAAUUCAAUCGAUUCCAAUGCAAACUGUCAUGGCGAACCUAACAUUGAUCACACAUUUUCCAGCAGCAUCAAACACUUGGUGCCCGUUCUUUAUAAACAAUUUAAUCUAUGUACCUCUUGAAAAUGUUGUCAAUGUUUAUGAAACAGAUACCUAUACACUUGUUCAAACGAUAUCAAUUCCAGUUUCAUCGUCCUUAAGUUACCUACGUGCUGAUAGUCAAGGUACACUUGUUUAUAUGCAAGUGAAUGAUUCGACCAUUUACAUACAUUCUUUGAAUACGAAUCAAAUCAAUAGUAUUAAUGUUUCGUUUACAAAUACAUAUUUAUGUUAUUCGAAUAGUUUUAUUGUUAUUCUUUCGACUUGGUCGAGUGAGGCUGACGUAUACCUUCGCACAUUCACAAAUAAUUCAGCUGUAUUUCUCUAUCGUAUCAGUGGUUGGGGUCAAAUAUAUCAUUGUGUCAUCAACAAUGAUCAAGAAUUAAUUGUUACAGUGAGUAACGUUGGUUUUCAAAUGACGAUGCUUAGUACAACAAAUUAUAAUUCAACAAUCACAACAAUAGCAUUGAAUACCACCUAUUUACCAACCGGUGCCAUGUUGAAUUUAGAUGCAGGAGGUCGACUCUAUGCAGCUUCAAAUGGAUCUUGGCAAAUGUCAACAGCAUUUUCUAUAGACGGCAGAUUAAUCGGUACUCAUACAGGCACAUUAGAUUGUGUUGGAAUGAGUAGCAAAUAUAAGUUUAUGCUUAUGACAACUGAUGGAAGUCGAGUAUCACUCUUCGAAUAUAAACCUCAAUAUUAA